AUGGGUUCUUCGGUACUGCAAUUUGAGGAACUGAAUCAGUACCCUGAAUCUACUUCCUCUUCAUCCAAAAUCUUACCAAUGCUUGAGCUAAAACUUGAAACCAUUGAUGAACGCUCCCCCUAUCUACAACCCCCUCUGACCCAAAUUUAUGCUUUGGCUUUCACCUCAUUUCUGAGCUCUUCCAAAAUGCUUUCGCCGAUCCUAAUGGUAGCGCCAUUGUUUUUGUCAAAAACUCGGAAACCUAAUUGUCAAAUUUCGCUAUACCAGCUCAGGAAACUCGCCAAUACAUUUGAGUCUUUUGCUGCACCCUUUUCCGUCACAGCUGCUGAGUCUUUCAACUGCAGGACUGGAAAGGCUUAUCUCUUCGAUAAGGUUGUGAAUGUGACAACCGGGGAGAAAGAAGAGAGGAAGAUGAUGACUGGAAUGCACACUGUUGUUGACACGUUCUGUGUGCGGUGCGGCUCACUUGUGGGAUGGAGAUACAUUGUUAGAGAUCUAAGAUUUGAGUGUCGCCGUCGUUGGAGAUUGCACAGCCGCCUGUUGGAGAAGAUUUGCACUGCCAUCUCACUGAAAGUAGGAAAGUUGCAACGUUAUCGUCGUUGUCUGAGAUCGAUGAUACUACUGCGUGCAAUUUCAACUUUUUUCCGAUCUGUACCGUCAUGUAGAGAUUGCACCGUUGCUGAUGGAGAGCUUUGA